GACUCACUCGCCACACCUGAUCACAUUUUACCCCGAUUUGCAGAUAGAGCAGUUGAGGCAGAUAACUAUCACCCCAAAUCUGAUCGGCGUUUUGUUCAAUCUCCGCCCACACCUCGGCCUAAUCUCCCGUUGCUUUGUUCCUCGAGAAGCUUAGUUUCAUCAGACGCUCGCCCUGGCUUACCAGGCGCCUAGGUUUGAGCGAUCUCAGGCUUACAGGCCAGCAGCGAUGGCUGCAGCGUGCGUGCUCCUAGCUCUCGUGGCAUCUCUGACGGUUGUCUCAGCGCAGGCGCCAACCGUCGUUGUGCCUCAAACGGCUGAUCAAAUGAGCAAGGUUCUCUUCCCCAACUUCGAGGACAUCACCAUGGUGACGCUCUUCGGGAGCGCGCAGCAGAACAAGGCGGCGGGCACCAUCCGCCUCACCAGCCAACCGCACUCCGCCGGCGGCGUUAUUCUUCGCACGCCGCUCCUCCUGCUUGACAAGAAGUACGCAAACUCGACCUCGUGCACUCCGCUCUCGUGGCGCUCCGUCUUCGUGUUCAAGUCGUCCGGCAGCGCUGACGGCUUGGCGUUUGUUAUCUGGUCCAAGCUGCGGAACCUCGGGUCGCCGGACGGCUACCUCGGGUACGGCGGGCCGGCGGUUCGUUAUAAGAAGUCCCGCAGCAUGGCGGUGGAGCUGGACAUGGCGAAGAACACGUGGGACCCGAGCGCGACCCACGUUGGCAUCAACUCACGCGGGAGCGUCAAGUCGCUCGCGUGGAAGGUGCUUCGCGCGCCGCUGAACGACUCGGUCCCACGUCGCGUGUGGAUCGAGUACGACGGGCAGUCGCUGAGCGUGUCGAUGGGCAAGGGCGCAAAGAAACCCGCGGCGCCGCUGCUGCGGUACGCGAUGAACACGUGUAACGUGCUGAAGCAGCCAGGGUAUUACGUCGGUAUCACGGCGUCGAAUGCGGGCGGUCAGUCCACGCACGACAUCCUCAGCUGGAGCUUCUCCGCUUCCUCGUCGGCGUCGCUGUGCCCCAAGUGCGGCAGCAUUCUGAACCCCGCGAAGAAGGUCAGCUGCUGCAUGCCCUUCCAGUGCUGCAACGGCGUCUGCCUCGCCCCCACCGAGCUCUGCGCCGGCACCACCUGCUGCGGAUCGCCCGAUAGCGGUCGCGUGUGUUGGGGCGUGAAGUGCUGCAGUGUAACGAGCCUGUGCAUGACGAAGCAGAAGAAGCCCGUAUGCUGUCCGCAGGUCGGCAACAGCACCUGCUGCAUGUAGAGCGGACAACACCCCUCCCCUCCCAGUCUCUACUCGCUAGAUUGCAGGAGAAAAUUACAAAAUAGCCCUAAUUUCGUCGGCGUAUGGAAUAAGGGAUAUCCUAUGCGCAAGGAGCUUUUACCAGCAGGGAUAGCAGCUACAGCAGCAGCAGCAACGACAGCGGUCGCAGCAGCAGAAGCCGAGUCCUGUCCAUGGCCGAGGAAGCCUAAAUAAUCUAUACGAAUUAGUUUAUUCGUGACCAUCAGCUUACUCGUCGGCAGAGGUGUGCACACCUUGCCUCAGUAGACAACCAGGGCUACAUAGAUGGUUAUGUGGCGCUCUGUGGAUCUUACGACUAGGGCCACCUUUUGUUACACCUAUACGAAUUAUUAGUCCACUUACUGUGAAAUUGGAAGCGCUUUUAUGCGCGCAUGGGAAUAGAG